UGAUAUAACGUUUUUAAGGUCAUAACAAAAGAUAAAAACGAUAAAAUGGCUGACUUCGAUAUUCUCAAACUGGACUAUCCAGUAUAUGAAGGAAUUGGUUUACCAAAGAUGCGAAAUUUUUUAGAAAACGCUGGACAAACAAUACAAAAUAUCAAAGACUUAAAGCUCGGUCCAGAUGCAGUUAUUCUGGCUACGUUUCCUCGAUCGGGAACACACUGGGUGUACGAAAUUGCUCAUAUGUUGCUUACAAAAAAGGCAGAGUAUGCUACAAAGUCCAGAGAGGCUGUUUACUUGGAAGGGUUGCCAGACCUGGGCCCUCUACAGUCUUAUAAUCAUAUCGUCAGCACACACCUACCAUUCCAGUGGUUACCACAACAGCACGUAGAGAGAGGUGGCAAAAUCAUUCAUAUCAUUAGGAACCCGAAAGAUGUUGCUGUUUCAUUGUAUAAAUUUACGGACUCGUGCGACGGUAUCCCUGAGAACACAUUUGAAGAAUUCUUAUUUGAAUAUUUUUUAAAGAAAAAGGUAAUGUUUGGCGGUUGGUUUAAUUACAACAAGGCGUUCAUCAGAGAAUCGGAAGUGCGGAAAGACCAAAUCAUCAUGUUGCAAUACGAAAAACUGCAAAGAAAUACUAUCUGGGAACUCAAACGAUUGGCGAAGUUCUUAGACGUAAAAGAUGCUGACCCAUUGUUUCCAGAAAUAGCAGAGAAGUGUGGCUUCGACAAUCUUAAAGCAGCUGAUGAAAGAGUGCGAAAUGAUUCCACUAUGGCAGAAAUCAUAAAGUCUAUGAAUCUCAAGAAAAUUCCUACCUUGUAUAGAAAAGGUAAAGUUGGAGAUUGGAAAAAUUAUUUCACUGUAGCAAUGAACGAAACAUUUGACAAGAUAUACGCAGAUACCAUGAAGAAUGUUGCAAUUGAUAUCGAUUUUGUCUAGUGUUUAAUCCGAAAUGAAUCAUAUAACAUUUUGUAUUGUAUUAAUCGAUUAUAUCUAAAGUAUUGGCUAAAUAUUUAUGCAUUACCUCUUAAGUGUGUAUCUAAAGCUAAGGUAGUUAUUAGUUUAAUCUUGUAAUUUAACUCCAGUGUUGAUGUAUACACUGUUUAUAGAUCAAUAAUACAGUCCUAAAAUGUUUAGAAACCCGUUCUAUUCUAGCUGAGCUGGGGAAAUAGACAUGUGUGCUUUAUUAAGACUGAAACGAAAUGUGGCGAUAGGGAACAGUGCUCUUAUUCAAAAGUCCAAAAGAAAAAUACAAAACAGGAGCAGAAUACACAUGGGUCUCUACAAAAACUUGAGGGAGAAUCAGGCGCCAUGGAUAAGCGAGCAACGUCACAUCCGCCGUGUGCUCUUUGUGGUAAUCGGAAAAGGCUUUGCAUGAUUCCUAAAUUUAGAUAUAACGCCAAAUCAUUUCCACUUUGAAUUUAAAGGGGCUGGUCACGAUUUUGGUCACUUUUAUUAUUUACAAUGCGUUUAGAAGACAUUUCUAAUGAUCCAAUAAAAUUUGAGAGUCAGUUGAAGAGUUAUAAGCAAGAUACAGGGCUCACAAUUCUUUGUCAUGUAAACAAGGCCCGUGCCCUGUAUUGUUUACCAAGGUUCAAUAUUCCAGUAAAAGAUCUUUCUCUAGCCAAUUUGUUAAUCUUCUUAUUCAUUUUAAGCAUGAAUAAACUGUUUCUAACAUAACACAUUUGUUUUAGGUCUAAAACUGAAAUUUUUACUUCAACAUUCAAAAUGUAAACAAAUGCUUUGUUUACAUAGCAAAGAAGUGUAGGCUCUGUAACUCCCUUAUAACUCAACAAUAGACACUCAAAUUUUUGUUGAUUAUUGAAAAUACCUUACUUGAGCAUUGUAAACAUUAAAAUUUGAAAAACAAACAACAAAUUUUUGAUCAAAAUUGUGACCAUGCCCCUUUAAUGAUGUACGAUAAUUUAUUUAAAAAAAACAAUAAUACAUGUCAUUUUUAAGCUCACCGAAGUUUUCUUAUUCAUGUACUGGGAAAUUCACUGAAAAAUAUGUUUAUUUUAACAAUCUAAAAAUAAAAGAACUUCUUGAUAUCAAUGUUUGCACUUAACUUUUUCCGCUACAUCAUUUUAAUGUUCUAAUUUGUGCAUUUGACAAAAAUACCUUAAAGAGAGCUAAAUAGUUGCCGCUUUUUAAAUGUUAUACUCAUACUUUAGACAAAAAGGUAUGUGAAAAAAAUUAGAGAAAUGUAUUUAUCUUUUAGCUUUAUCUCCCCCUUAAUAAAUAGAGUUAUGGCAAAAUAUCAUAUUUAAAAGUUUAAAGCAUAUCUGAUGGGUAAAAGGUUGACACCAGCUUCCUUUAAUACUGUUUAAAAUAAAAUUGUACACUUCUAUCACAUCAGCGAAUUCGAGGCUUUACCAGAACUUAAUAUUUAGGUGGAAUCGAUUGAAAUAUUUGCAAUGUAUUGUAUGUACCAUAUAGAUUUCGCCCUAAAAGCUAUAUGUUAUAGAUGAUCAACGUCACACAAUUGAUUAGAUUCAAAGUAUUAAUCAGCAGUAAAGAACCAAUGUCACCACAAAAAUAAACAUUUGAUAGAAGGUACACCAUUCGUGUUUUAAAUCAUGCUUACUCGUUUAUCACUGAUAUGAAAUGGAUUCAGGAAAAAAUGUCAGAAAAAAUAGAUUGUAAUUAAAUUAUGCUGUUGAUUGAAUUGGAAUUGCCAAGAUAUACAAGCGAAAAAAUGCAAGAUUAUUUUUUAAUCAAUAUGAUAUGUUAAAUCAAUUACAGGUCUCAGCGGAUCUCAAGUAUUGGCUUUCCAAACAUUCCACUCCCGACAACAUCGAUUAGGUUAAAUCCAUAUUUAACUUCAUCUACAUAUCCAAAUUCUAAAAAUAAAAAUUCCAACAAUAAAUAUACAAGAAAGGAAACAAGAGCACAAAUUCGAGCCCAUUUAAUUGCAGCCCUUUUAAAAUCGUAUAUAUUAUCAAUUCUUAUUUUAUUUUUAAAAUAAAAUUAGCAUUUUUCUCGACGUAAGAUAUAAUAAUUGAGGUAUAUCGACAACGUUUUAUGUACUAACAAUUGUUACUUCAAUACUUACGUCUACCAUCAUCUAACACAGAUAGGCAACUCCGCCAUUAGCGUGGUUUGUUGUUGGAAAAUAUUACGGGACCAACCAAACAUUGAGAACUACAUAAAAGUAAACUGAGAUAAUGAUCUUAAACAAAAAAUAUAUUGUUUUUACGAAAAAUGGCAUAGGUUUUAGACAUUUUGAAACAAAAAAUUGAAAAAUAAGUUAAAUAUAUAGAAAAUAUAUUGACCAGCUAUAAAACAUCGGCAAACUUUCGGAUGAUGGGUAGCCAACUGCCUCCGUAAACUCCUCUUUUUAUGUUGUUUACUAGAUAUGAACUCACAAAAAUAUAAUAUUUUGAAUGUUUUGGUAAUAGGUUUUAGCUGUUUAUGUUUUGAUAUAAUUGUUUAUUAGAAAGACACACUGAUUUAAACUGGAAAUACUUGACAAUAGGGACAGCAAGUUACCAAUCAGUUGCCAAUCUCUGUUAUUUAUGUCUCUGCUUCUAUUCGAUAUAUCCAUGUAAACUUGUUCUAAAAGAUACCACAGUCUGCGUCAUUUGUUUCAUAUUUGGAUAUUUUACUGGAAAGGGACAUUGAUUGUAUCCUUAAAACAAAACUUUACGAUAAUCGUGAUGACUUCAAUUUUUCAAAAGUCAACUUUCCUUGUUUAUGUAACUAUAUACUUCUACACCUGAAUAUUGAGUUUUUGUCUCUCAAUUAAUUCGAUACACAAGGACAUGCUCUUUGCAUUAACAGUUUCUAAGGCAAGACAGGCUACUGACCACCAAGUUGAUAAAACAGGAUACAUGUACAACAACCUUCUAAAAAAAACAAUCGUCCACUGAAUGACGUUUUUCAUACUUAUUAUUAGACCAUAAUUAAUCACUUAAUUGUCUACGGAUCUUUUCGUUUUCCCGAUUACACCAAAAAGCACAUGUCGUGUAUGACCGGUCAGCAAGGGAUGCCCACUCUUCCCUUGCACCUGGUCCUACAUCCAAUUUUUUUUUAGAGAUCCGUGUUUGUUCUGCUCUUGUUUUGUAUUUUUCUCUUGAACUUUUGAUUUUGUAUAUAUUUGUUUUUCUAUUUGUCAGAUCUCUAUAUUUAAAAGGAAACAGUAUAUUUUUCUUGGAAUUUUUUGAAGAAACGACCACUGAACACUAAUAAAAAAAAUUAAACGAUAAUAUUUUAUAAAUUUCUAGACUGUAGUAUGUCAAAAUAUAUAAAGUAACUAGAUACGAUCUCGUUACGAGUAGAUCUUCCGUUCAAUUUUUACGAUUAAAUAUCAAUGAAUUUCAGAAUUCCUCCUCAACCACUCCCUUUCAGAUAAUGUAUACAAUUGUCAUUAUCCUUUAAAAUGCUUAACAAAGAGUUUUGCUUUUUCACAUACAGCACAUUAAAAAUUUAAGAUUUUAGUUUCCUAAAAUCCCUAAUUACGUCAUCAAUGGGUUUGGAAAUGAGUUUUACAAACUGAUAUUGUUACGAUCAAAAACUUUGUUUCUAUAAUGCAUUAAAAAACUUGAUCGUUUUUAAGGUAUGUGCAAUAGACUUUACGAGUGUCUUGACCUUUAAUUUAAGGGGCCAGCCAUUAUUUCUUGAGUUCAUUUGAAAGGUCUUCCAUAUAAUAACAUUGUUUGUUCUUACACCUAUCUAAAAUUGUUGAUCAUUUUUGAGAUACAAAUGAUUGAAUAUUUUAGGGGCCAGCCCUCUAGAUCGUUAAUGGGCACAGGCAUUGGUGUUUUAAUUAAUGGAAUCGUUUACAAUGCUUAACAAAAUAUGUCUCCUUCUCUAGAUAUAUUGCAUCCAAGUUUAUGUAUUUUGGUCCCUAAAAAUCCCUAAUUACGUAAUAAAUGGGCGUGGCAAUGAUUUUACCUGCUAAAUAUUGUAACGAUCAACAACUUUGCUUUUUUAAUGCAUUACAAAAUCUUUAUCGUUUUAAAGUUAUUUGUAAAAGAGUUUACGAGUGUCUUGGCCCCUAAUUAAAGGAGCCAGUCCCUAUUUCUUAAUUUUGUUGGAAGGAACUUUUGAUUCUCUACCUCUUUUAUAAUAUAUGUCUUUACAAAAUAUCAACUCAUAAAAAGAUACAGAUCAAAACGUAUGAAAAUUUUGAUUCGAA